AGCUCCCCUGCAUCUUAGAGCAAAAAUGGCGAGCGCGGCGACGCGGGAGGUGCUGGGCAACCAGCCGCUGGUGAUCGACAAUGGCAGUGGACUUAUGAAGGCAGGAUUCGCGGGCGGAGAGACACCGCAAGUUGUAUUCCCAUCUUUCGUGGGUACCACGAAACACACUCGCAUGAUGCCUGGCGGUGCGUAUGAAGGUGGUGACGUGUUCGUAGGCAACCGCGUACAGUACCACCGCGGGCUGUUCAAGAUCCAAUACGCCAUGGAGCACGGCGUGGUCACGGACUGGAACAGUAUGCACCGCGUAUGGCAGCACGUGUACUCCAAGGACAUGCUCAACGUGCAGAGCGAGGAUCACCCUGUCCUGCUCACAGAGGCGCCUUUGAACCCCGUGGCCAACCGCCAGCGCGCGGGCGAGGUCUUCUUCGAGGCUUUCAACGUGCCAUCACUCUUCGUGUCUCCACAGGCUGUGCUGAGUCUCUACGCCUCGGGCCGAACUACAGGCGUCGUGCUAGAUGUGGGGGAUGGCGUGGCUCACGUUGUCCCAGUGUACGAGGGCUUCACGCUGCCCCAUGCCAUCACCAGGAUGGAUAUUGCCGGACGUGACGUCACUCGUCACUUGCAGUUGCUGCUGCGCCGUGCAGGCUACAACUUCCUGACGUCUGCCGAGCGAGAGGUAGUUCGGGAGAUCAAGGAGAAACUGUGCUACGUGGCCUUCAACCCCACCAAGGAAGAGCAGCUCGAAGCUGAAAAAUCGGCGCUUGCAGUCAAAGAUAUGAUCACUAAGUCCAAGUCUACCACCACAUCUGGAGAUGAUACUUCGGCUUACUAUCUGCCGGACGGCACACUGCUCAACAUUGGCCCUGAAAAGUUCCGUGCUCCGGAAGUGCUCUUCCGUCCGGAGAUUAUCGGAUCGGAGGCACGUGGUGUGCAUGAGUGCCUGGUGCAGGCCAUUAUGAAGUCGGAUAUGGACCUGCGUAAGACGCUGUUCUCUCAGAUAAUUCUCUCGGGAGGCUCGACGCUGUUUCCGGGCUUCGGCGACCGUUUACUCGCUGAGGUGCGCAAGAAAGCACCCAAGGACAUUAAAAUUCGCAUUUCAGCGCCGCCUACACGCAUCUACUCUACAUGGAUCGGUGGCUCCAUUCUGGCUUCGCUUGCAACGUUCAAGAACAUGUGGAUCACCAAGAGUGAGUACGAGGAGUACGGUGCUUCAAUUCUGCACCGCAAGAACUUGUAG